GUUCAGUCAACGACGGUGAACGAAAUUUAGCACGCAACUGUCUUGAUACCACCGAGGCCACUGCUAAAGUUAUUUGAGAGCAAUGACAUCUGUUGCACACAAUUUUAAAGAAAAAGCAAGAACAGGGGAUGUUUUAAUUAGCGAAAAUGUCAAUUUUGAUGGUCUUUUACUCUCAGAUCCUAUACUGAGAGGGUUAAAAUCUGCCGGUUUUGAAAGACCUUCGCCAAUUCAAUUGAAAGCAAUACCUCUAGGAAGAUGUGGACUUGAUUUGAUUGUACAAGCAAAGUCUGGUACAGGGAAAACCUGUGUAUUCAGUGUUAUAGCAUUAGAAGGUCUUCAGCUUGACACAUCAGCUCUUCAGGUUUUAAUUCUUGCUCCAACGAGAGAAAUUGCCAUACAGAUUUGGGAUGUUAUUAAAUCAAUAGGUCAAACAUUGCCACAGCUAAGAUGCCACACAUUUAUAGGUGGGAUGCCACUUCAAGAAGAUAAACAGAAACUGAAAAAAUGCCACAUUGCUGUUGGUACUCCAGGGAGAAUGAAACAGCUGAUAGAACAAGGUGUAAUGAACAUAGAGAAUAUUAGAAUGUUUAUAUUAGAUGAAGCAGACAAACUUCUAGAAGACAGCUUCCAGGAACAAAUUAAUUGGAUUUAUUCUACAUUACCUGACAACAAACAGAUGUUAGCAUUGUCAGCAACCUAUCCAGAAUACUUAGCAGAACAUCUGACAGCUUACAUGAGAAAUCCCACCUUUUUACGACUCAAUGUAACAGAUCCAGCUUUGUUGGGAAUAAGACAGUAUUACAAAUCAGUGAAGUUCCAUCCACUACCCAACAAGUUGUUUGAGAGUAAAGUAGAAAUUGUCACAGCACUGCUUUCAUCGAUAGACUUCCAGCAAUGCCUUGUAUUCUCUAACUUACAAACCAUGGCACAGAACAUGGCAGAUGCACUGAAUUCCAAAGGAUGGCCUACUGCCUGUAUUGCUGGUUGUCUAGAUCAAAAAGACAGAAAUUUGGCAAUGGCUAAACUGAAAACCUUUAAAUGUAGAGUUCUGAUAUCUACUGACUUGACAUCCAGAGGUAUAGAUGCUGACAAGGUUAACUUAGUGAUUAAUCUUGACAUACCAAAGGAUCAUGAGACAUACCUACACAGAAUUGGUAGAGCGGGAAGAUUUGGAACAUUUGGUGGUUGUGUUAGUAUUGUUAGUGAAGGACAAGAAAUGGUUAAUCUUCAGUCUGUAGAGAAAAAAUGUUAUACCAAUAUCUCACUUCUUCCAGAUCCUAUUCCAGUAGACUUAGUGAAGGCACAAGGAAUGAUAAAUCUGGAUGAUAUGGUGUCAACAGAGAAAAUAUUAACAGUAAAAGACAACUGUUAUGUGACAUUUCCUGUAAAAAACAAAGAAGAAUAUAAACAGUCAGAACAAACAAAUUCUGUAGAUAGGACUGAUGUUCAGUCGGAGCAGGCUUCUGAUGACAAACAUAAAAAUUCAAAGAAUGAUAAGCUGGAAGAAAAAGAUCAAGAAUCAAUUAAAAUAAAUGCUCGUAAUAGCUGUGCAAGUUUCACCAAAUUGAAGGAAGAUAAGUCUGAUGAAAACAUUAUUAUAAGUUCAAGAAAAGAGAAAGAUAUUUUGUUAAAUGGAGUUUCAGAUCAAAGUGAUAAGGCACACAUUGGUGACAUAUUUUCCGCAGAGAACAGUUCUAAAUCUGUAAUCAGUUAUAUAGCUGAUGAGAAAAUACAAACUAAAGAAGGGUCAAAAGAAGAGAAGAAUAUUAAAGAGGAAACUAAGCAGACAAAGAACAAUAAAAAGAAGCAUACUAGUGCUAGCUUUUGGACACAACUUAUUGAAGAGAGAAAUGAUGAUGAGGAUUUUGUCAGAGAAUUUCAUGCUAGUCAGGUGGAAGACGACAUAUUUGAUAUUUCUACGCCUGAUAUUGAUGAAAUUGAACUAAUAGAAAAGAAGUUUGAGAAAGUGAAGGUAAAUGAUGAAAAGGCUGAACCUAUGAAACGCAAAACAGCCAAAAGAAGAAAUGAAAAUGAAGAAAAGAAAGGUGCUGUAACCCAAUCUUCUGAGGUUGUAAAAUCUACAAAUGGAAAUGUGGCAGACGUGCAGAGCUUUACCGACCUGGAAAUUGAAAUUCCAUCACUGAAAGAGAUCAUUGGAUUAAAGAAAUUGCAAAAUCCAAACACAUACCAAACUGCUGUGGAUAGUUGCAAAGCACACAAAAGUACUGCAAAGAGUUUGUCAGAAAAAGUUGCAAAAAUCAGUAUAUCAGAAGAUACUAAUCAGUGUAUAAUCAAUAAUAUUUGCAGAGCAUUGAACUACGAUGAGGGUUUAUUGCAAAAAGUAAAAAAAAUACUGACUAUAACACAUCUAAAGUUUGAUAAGAAAUCAGUGCAGACUUGUGAAAAAAUAGAAAGUGACAAAACAACUGCUGCAGCUGCAAACCAUAAAGAGGAAAAAUCAAAUGAAAAAGGAGAAGGCAGACAGACUAUUCAAGCAAAAAGAAAUAAUAAAAAACAGUCAAACAAUUUGCCUAAUCCUAAAAUUUCUUUUCAAUCAAAAGAUAGUGCUGAUAUUCCACCAGUACAAAGUUCAGAAACCCAUUCUGUUGGCAAUUGUGUAGAACAAAAGGCAAGUGAAUUGAAAGAUUUCAAACUAAGGGGAAAUAAUCAAAGACAGAAAGACGUCAAAGUAGGUAUCCAUAGUGAUAUUAAAGAAAAAGAUGAGAAGGAAGCUGAUACUUCUAAUAAAAAAACAAAACAGAAAGAAACUUUAGAAAGAGUUAGCAAGGACUAUAAUUCAGGCAAUUUGAAAAAGUCAACAAAAGAAGAUAAAAGUAACAACAAAGAGAUUUGGGAAAAACCCUACAACUGUUAUAGAUCUGAACCAUGGCAGGAAGUUAAAUGUGAUUUGUCUGAAUCUGAAUGUCCUGAAUCUAGUGAAUCUAGUGAAGAUUCAGAGGAGGAGGAGUCUCAGAACCAUAAACAUCCACAUGACUUUGGUCAGACAGGAAGUCGAAAAGCGAAACAUUCACAUUAUAACAAAUCUAGUUAUGAUUUUGAAGACAAUUGUGCAUCAUCUACAGAAGAUGACAGUUCUGGAAGUGAAAAUGAUUUGAAUCAAAAUCCAUGGGCCUCAUUUAUGAAAAGUUACUUCACAAAUUUUCCAUCACACUUUACCAAAACAAGUGGAAACCAUCAAAAUCCUUAUGCUAGCAUGUAUAAUUACCCAUUUAUGAACAUGCAACAGAUGCCUUAUAUGAAUAUGCAACAGUAUCCGUUCAUGAAUAUGCAACAGAAUCCAUUCAUGAAUAUGCAACAGAAUCCGUUCAUGAAUUUACAUCAGAAUCCAUAUAUGAGUGCAUACAACCCAUACUUAUAUCACAAUCCUUAUUUUCAGAUGACUCAGUCACAAACUCAUCAUAACUAUCAAAAAAUGUUAAAGAACCUGCAAUUGCAGCAGAAGUAUGUUAAAAUGAUGCUUAAAAGACACAAGAAAAUCAUGUCAAAGGACUAAUUUUUUUUAAAAAGGUUUGAAAGAUCGCUUAAAAGGUACAAGAAAAUUUUUUUAAAGGCUGAACUUGUUUGUUAAAAGUUUGAAAGAUCUAAGUCAUAGCUGCAAUAUAAGUAUUGAUCUAGUCUUGUAAUAAAAUGCCUUAAUGGUAACUUAC